AUGGCCAGUCACUCUUUCUUGACAUCAUUUGUCUUUGCUUUCCUGCUACUCAUCAUUGUUCGGCCAUCAAUUACCAUUUCAGUCUUGACCACUAACGGCACAGUUGUUGGCGUGAACGAUGCUGUCAACGGUGUCCAGAGAUUUCUGGGUAUUCCCUUUGCGGAGCCACCUGUCGGAGACCUGCGGCUGCGACAAGCUGUGUCUCUGAGAAAGUCUUUCGGCAAUUUACAAGCAGACAAAUUCGGACCUUCUUGUUACUCUGCGAGGGAUCAAGGCAAUUCGAGUGAAGAUUGCUUGACGCUCAACAUAUGGAGACCAACGAAUGCGACGUCCAGCAGCAGCCAGUUGCCCGUGUUGGUCUGGUUAUACGGAGGCGGGUUGACUAAUGGUUACACCGCUGAUCCCAGAUUCGAAGGGACUUCUAUAGCACGUAUUUCUCAGGAUAUUGGCAAGCCUAUCAUUCUCGUAUCAGUAAACUACAGACUAGGCCCCUUCGGUUUCUUGAAUGGAAAGGAGAUGGCCGAACUUGGUUUGCUCAAUAUUGGCAUGCUUGACCAACGAAGGGCGUUGAGUUGGAUCCAAGAGAACAUCGCUGCCUUUGGGGGCGACCCCAAGAAGGUCACCCUAGCAGGUGAAUCAGCCGGUGCGGUGUCUAUAUACUCCCAUAUGAUGGCAUAUGGUGGGAGGAAUGACGGUCUCUUUCGCGGGGCCAUACUGCAAAGCGGCGGAGCAUUUCCAUUGACGCCACCCAAUACAACUGCGUUUCAGAGCACAUUUGAUUCACUGGUAAAUGGAACUAACUGCUCUUCUGUUGUCAACGGAAGUGCUUCAGACAAACUGGAUUGCAUUCGCAAGCUGCCUGUUGAAGAGUUCAGGGCAAAGGUGGGGUCGUCGACUGGACAGUCGGUUGAUGGUGACUUUACCCGCACAUCUAUUCAGCGAGCUCUGCCCGCUGGGCAAUACAUCAAGAUACCCACAGUUGUUGGAACAAACACCGACGAAGGCACCACGUCGGCGCCGACCGGCAUCAACACAACUGAACAGCUGUUUGAUCCAGUAGCUCAAGGUUACUUCCGCCCGAAGCUAUUACCGAACGAGACGGUCUCAAAACUCAUCAGCCUGUACCCCACAAAUCCCCAGUUAGGAUGUCCGUACAACACCGGAAACACUCAGUUCACAUCUGGGCUUCUCGAUAAAAUGGCAUGCUCCAUCCUCGGGGAUAUAGUCCAGAUUGGCCCGGCGCGGAUGAUUGCGCAGACAUUGGCUCGAGAUGGCGUUCCCGUGUACAGAUAUCGCUUCAACCACUUGCAGUCGAACACCUCAUCAGUGACGAAAGGCAUCGGAACUGGGGGGGAGCAGCAAUACGUGUUCUCAAACUUAAUUCCAGACCAGCCUUGGGACCAUAGCAUGGCAUAUCAGAUGUCAGCCUCGUGGAUCAGCUUUGCUCAUGAUCUUGACCCGAACACGGGGGUCUUCGGAACUGGACUGCCUCUUUGGCCACAAUACGGCAAUGAAGGAAACAGUAUUGUGUUCAAUGGAUAUGGCUCAUGGAUCGAAGCGGACACAUAUCGAGAACCUGGUGUUCAGUUCAUCAUUGACAAUGUCCUGACCGAUGGCGCAUCGUAG